UUCACGGAAUGUCAAAAAUCAAUCCUUAAUGUGAAGCAUGGCACUCGUUGUCCCAAAGAUGCUGCGUCCUGGCAUAUGGCGGCGAGCAAAAUGAAUUGUGAUUCCAUGCAACAAGAGUGUUCAAAGUCUUUGGGUUUAGACCCUCAGAGAUUCAUUUUCCAGUACCACUGUCUGAUAAAUUCCUGGAUGAAUGCCACGGUAGAAGUGUGUGCACUGAACCGUUCUAUUCUAGGCUACUGUGCGGAGUUCAACGCAGACGGAGCCUUAAUUCAAGAAAACUAUAAUGCAGAUUGUAGAAAAUACGACCCACCGUGUCCAAAAAUAUACAAUUCAGCGGAGGCUUACAAAUAUCAAACCUGCUAUGCGUUGGUGUACAGACAUCACAAAAAAACAGUGCAGGCAUAUUAUGGGCGAUCCAACUCCUCUCAAAAAAGGUUGUGUAUUUGAUAUUUUAAGCUUGGUUUGUCAUUCGAUGCAUAAUAUGUUUAGAAUGUACAUUAAUUUCACAAUGAAUUUUAGUCAGAAUAAACUGUGAGCAUCAAUUAUUAAAUAAUGUCAAUGUUUGUUUUAAUUUAUUUUUCAGUAU